AUGACGGAAGCGCCCAAUCCACGGCGGAAGUCAUGCAGCGAGUGUGUCAAAGCGAAGCGAAAAUGCGGAAUGGAGGUGCCCCGAUGCGGUCGCUGCUCGAAGAAAGACAUUGCUUGUUUCUAUCCAAAUAAGGGCGCUUCUAUAGCAGAUGUGCCGAUUCCAGAACUAGAGUUUGCCUGGCUGGACGACCUGAUGCGGGAGCCUGGAUCGAUUCCAUGGUCAGGCGGUCUAGAUACGCAUCUGGAGCUCUCUGCCGAUGCUAUUCAUUCCCAGCAAUCGCACGUCGCUGACAUUACUUCGCUGCCUGAAUUAUUUGCUGUGUCUGAGGAAUUUAAGAAAACUACAUUACCCAAAGAAGAUGCCGAAGCAGCCGUAGCCCGGUUCAAGACAUGGCCAGAUAAGUGGCUCAAGGAGGGCAAGGUCCCUUUUAUACAUGCACAACUAUAUGCGACGAAUAUGCCAAAGCCCCUCAUGGACGCGUACGCGGCCUGUGCCAUCUACUCCACCAUAACCCCAGCCAACAAAACAAUAGCCCUGGAUAUCAUCGAAGCCAAAGCCAAUGAACUCCUCCGCUCCCCUAACCAACCCUUCUGGACACCCGUAGACCUGCUAGCAUCCACGCAGUCCCUCAUAAUCUUCCAGUUCAUCCGCCUCUUCGACGGCGACAUCCGCCAACGCUUCCUCGCCGAAAGCGCCGAACCCACCCUCCUAGCCUGGACCAGAGAGCUCCAAUCCCGCACCGCACAGGAACGCCAAUUCACCACCGCAACUGCGCCCUCCUGGCGUGCCUGGCUCUUCGCCGAAAGCGCCCGCCGCACAAUCACCAUGUCCCUCUUUCUCACCGGCCUCUAUUCCCUCAUCAAAAAGGGCUACUGCACCGUCGCCGAUGAAGUCACCGCAAACUGCUUCACAGCUCAACGAGCGUUGUGGGAAGCGACUUCCGAACUCGAAUGGGCGCGCACCAAGCAGACGCUGAGUCCGCACUGGAUCGAGAAUAUGGAUUUCACCCAUAUGCUGCGGGAGGCCGAGGCCAGCGAGCUGGAUGACUUCGGCAUGGUCCUGUUGAUCACGUAUCAUGGUCAGGAUGCGAUUGAUUACUGGGCGGCUACGAAGAGUAUUGUUGGAGUGCCCAAUUUUCAUCAGAGUUUGGAAGGGGUGUUGCAGUUUGGGAACGGAUGA